AUGGCCCAGGCUAAGCUGCCGGCUCUGGUGUUGAUCGUGAUAGUUGAGGAGGCGGAGGAGGAGGAGGAGGAGGAGGAGGAGGAGGAGUUGGGCGAACGAAGAUGUGUGUGUGUGUGUGUGAUGUCCGCCCGGUCUCUCUGCCUCUCUCUGUCUCGCCUAGCGCGCCAAGGCGUUCGCAGGCUGCCCCACCCCGACGUCACUGAUUGUCCGGAUAGGCUGUCGUAUUUUCCAUGUUUCCCUGAGGUUGGUGUACAUCGCGUCCAGUUCGACGUGCCUGUUGAUGCACGACUCAUCGGAGUUUAUGGUUUCUAA